CUACUAUCAACAACUGUGAACUAUCAGUUUUCACAGUAAGUUCACAACAGCACAGCACAGACUCGCCGUUUGCCCGUUUCAUGUGCUAGUAUAGUCAACGACUAAAUUUAUUGUGUUCAUUGCUGUUUGCUUAUUUGCUCGUCAAUCGUAAAUCCAAAAUCUUACACACCAUGGCCACUUCCGUUGCGACUAAUCCUUCGACUUUGCUUCCACUUGAACUCGUGGAUAAAUGUAUUGGCUCUAGGAUUCACAUUGUUAUGAAAAACGAUAAGGAAAUAGUUGGUACUUUAUUGGGGUUUGAUGAUUUUGUCAACAUGUUGCUUGAAGAUGUAACGGAAUAUGAGUCUACGCCUGAAGGAAGACGAGUCACUAAAUUGGACCAAAUAUUGCUAAAUGGAAAUAAUAUAACAAUGUUGGUUCCUGGUGGUGAAAUGCCUGGUGAAUAACACUUGAUGUUAACAUUUUUAUUGAAACAUCUAUCAAGUCAUAUACAGACAUAAUAUAUUUAACUAUUAAUAAUAAAUUUAAUGUGUACAUGUUUAGCCUAUCUAAAUGUUCAAGUCUGAAAUAUAAUAAGUUACUCAUUAA